GAAAGAUUGGGAGGAUUCAUGCGCUACGCGGCGCCCCCGAAACCUCGGGGGAGCGCGGGAGGCGGAGCGGGCGGCGCCGAGAAACAGCGGCUGCGGGCAAGCGGCGGGAGCGAGGAACGCGGAGCCUGCCGCCACCGCCGAGCAGCCCUCCAGCCGUCCGGCGUCCGCUUGUCUGUGCGUCCUCCGCGGAUCGGCGGCGGGCCGGCGGCCGAACCCAUGCAGCCGCGCAGCGAGCGCCCGGCCGGCAGGACGCAAAGUCCAGAGCACGGCAGCCCGGGGCCCGCGCCCGAGGCGGCGCCGCCGCCGCCGCCGCCGCCGCAGCCGGCAGCCCCCGAGGCAGAGCGUGCCCGGCCCCGGCAGGCCCGGCCCACGGGCCCCAUGGAGGGCGCAGUGCAGCUGCUGAGCCGCGAGGGCCACACGGUAUCCCACAACUCCAAGCGGCACUACCACGACGCCUUCGUGGCCAUGAGCCGCAUGCGGCAGCGCGGCCUCCUGUGUGACAUCGUCCUGCACGUGGCUGCCAAGGAGAUCCGGGCACACAAGGUGGUGCUGGCCUCCUGCAGCCCCUACUUCCACGCCAUGUUCACAAAUGAGAUGAGUGAGAGCCGUCAGACGCAUGUGACGCUGCACGACAUCGACCCUCAGGCCUUGGACCAGCUGGUGCAGUUUGCGUACACGGCCGAGAUUGUGGUGGGGGAAGGCAACGUACAGACUCUGCUCCCGGCUGCCAGCCUCCUGCAGCUGAAUGGGGUCCGUGACGCCUGCUGCAAGUUCCUGUUGAGUCAGCUCGACCCCUCCAACUGUCUGGGCAUCCGGGGCUUCGCCGACACACACUCGUGCAGCGACCUGCUCAAGGCGGCACACAGGUACGUGCUGCAGCACUUCGUGGACGUGGCCAAGACUGAGGAGUUCAUGCUGUUGCCGCUGAAGCAGGUGCUGGAACUGGUCUCUAGCGACAGCCUGAACGUGCCUUCAGAGGAGGACGUCUACCGUGCCGUCCUGAGUUGGGUCAAGCACGACGUGGACGCCCGGAGGCAGCACGUUCCCCGGCUGAUGAAGUGUGUACGCCUGCCCCUGCUGAGCCGGGACUUCCUGCUGGGCCACGUGGACGCCGAGAGCCUGGUGCGGCACCACCCGGACUGCAAGGACCUGCUCAUUGAGGCCCUCAAGUUCCACCUGCUGCCCGAGCAGAGGGGCGUCCUGGGCACCAGCCGCACCCGGCCGCGGCGCUGUGAGGGCGCCGGCCCUGUGCUCUUCGCUGUGGGUGGUGGGAGCCUGUUCGCCAUCCACGGGGACUGCGAAGCGUACGACACGCGCGCUGACCGCUGGCACGUGGUGGCCUCAAUGUCCACGCGCCGGGCCCGGGUGGGCGUGGCGGCAGUCGGGAACCGGCUGUACGCCGUGGGCGGUUACGAUGGGACUUCAGACCUGGCCACCGUAGAGUCCUACGACCCUGUGACCAACACCUGGCAGCCUGAGGUGUCCAUGGGCACAAGGCGCAGCUGCCUGGGUGUGGCUGCCCUGCACGGGCUCCUGUACGCGGCCGGUGGCUACGACGGGGCCUCCUGCCUCAACAGCGCCGAGCGCUACGACCCCCUGACGGGAACAUGGACGUCGAUCGCCGCCAUGAGCACCCGGAGGCGAUACGUGCGCGUGGCCAUGCUCGAUGGGAACCUGUACGCCGUGGGCGGUUACGACAGCGCGUCACACCUGGCCACCGUGGAGAAGUAUGAGCCCCAGGUGAACUCCUGGACGCCCGUGGCCUCCAUGCUGAGCCGGCGCAGCUCCGCGGGCGUGGCGGUGCUGGAGGGGGCCCUCUACGUGGCUGGCGGCAACGACGGCACCAGCUGCCUCAACUCUGUGGAGAGAUACAGCCCCAAGGCGGGUGCCUGGGAGAGUGUGGCGCCCAUGAACAUCCGAAGGAGCACGCACGACCUGGUGUCCAUGGAUGGCUGGCUGUACGCCGUAGGGGGCAACGACGGCAGUUCCAGCCUCAACUCCAUUGAGAAGUACAACCCGAGGACCAACAAGUGGGUGGCCGCGUCCAGCAUGUUCACACGGCGCAGCAGCGUGGGCGUGGCAGUGCUCGAGCUGCUCAACUUCCCGCCGCCCUCUUCGCCCACGCUGUCCGUGUCGUCCACCAGCCUCUGACCCGUGGCGCGGCUGCACAGAGGCCCGCCCGCGGCCUCCCACGUGCCUUAAGCCCCCUGGGCCCAGCGCCUCCCUCCCCUGCGCAUGGGGCGGGGCUCGGCCCCCACCAGGAACGUCCGGGGCCGUCUGUCCAGUCUCCGCGCGUCUAGGCCGUGGGUUUCUGUGUUCCUUCCUCAGUGUUUGUGUGUGUGCCGUUUAUUUAUUCACUCGUUUAUUUAUUGAUUGGUGGCGAGCAGGCUGCAGCUGCCAGUUUCUCCGUUUACUCUUAAAGUGUCGUAUCUCUGGGACCAAGCUGCCCUCUUGGGUGUCCUCCCACUGUGCUGGGGGCACUGGGGAGCGACAGGGUGGGCACUGGCGUUGCCCGUGGGUAAGGGGCCAACUUGGACUCUGUAGACCUGGAGGGACCAAGGGGUGAUGCAGAGCAGUUAUUGGGGGGGGGGCUUUCUGAGCAGGUGCAGACCCCCAACCUGAGCUUUGCACACCUCCUUGCCUCGCCCAGCCAGGCACACUCCUGGCAGGGGGGCACGAAUUGGGCUUCCUUCCCGUGGCUGUGGUGUCAUUUCUGGAUCCUGCACUGAGCUGGGCACACGUGCACCGCAGACCGCAUACAGCAAUAUGAGCCACUUGAACAAUAAACAUGUUUCCUGGGCUCUGCGGGCCUGUGGCUGUGUCCAUCUCUGUCUUCCAGGGUCCUGUCUGGGGUGACCGGGAGGGCCUGGGGUGGCUAUGCGGCUGGGCCGAGAUGCUGUGUUGGCACCUGGGGGCUUUGAGGCAGCACCAUCACAUCCGGGGGCAGGGCUGUGGUGGCCAGUGUCUUACUCCAGGCUCUGCAUGGCAUUUCCCCUCACCAUGGCUGUCCCGGGCGCACCUGGGAGGGUCAUGGCCUCCCUCCUGGAUUCUGGUUAAGCCUUGGGGACCCUGACCUUGAUCUGGGGUGAGGAUUGGACUGAGGCAAGAGAGGAGGCUGCGGGAGGGUCCUGGCUUCCCCUUACCCAGUUGCAAAUUCCUGCUUCAACAGCUGAGAGUAAGCACACAUGCCCUUACAGUCACUGGUGACUCAGCAACAGGCAUUUAGGUGGAAACAGGAUGUGUGCUCACAUGGUGGGGAGGUCUGGAAGGGGAUCUCUGGGCUCACGGAGCUCCAGCUCUAGGCACCCCCAGUCUGACACAAUCACAGACUGGCCUUUGGGCCCCCUCCUCUACAGACUGGGGGCUCUUCACUGGGCGGUGAGAGGAGGGGAGCCUUUCCUCCCCAUCCCCCCCCCCCCCCCCCAGGCUGGCUGGCGUGUGUGGAGGACCCUGGACAGGGAACUGAAAGGCUCAGCUCAGCCUCAGAGAGGACGGCGCCCGGAAGCUGGUUGGCCUGUUUGGCACCGAGGCCAGUCCGGAUGGGGACACCACUGCCGACAAGAUCUUCCGCUACAUCCCUGGGACGAACAUCCCGACCCUGGAGAGCCAGCAAGAAAACCUGGAGCAG